AUGAAGAGCAUAUAUUUGUUUGCCUCCUCAUUAUUAGCAUCAUUACUGUUAUCAAGUGCAAAUGUCGUAUUAGAUUUUAAUACAAGGAUAAUAAUAUCCUUGGUUAUGCUCUUUUUUAAUUUCAUUACAUUAUUUAAUGUAAUGCAGAAAUAUGCUAUGAUACCUAAAAUUAGCAUAUUAACAAAAAUUCUAAAUUAUGCAAUUCUCAUAUAUUAUGUGAUAAUUAUUUACCUUCACUUUUUUUCAAGUAGCGAAGUUCAAACUAUUCUUCGUUUCCUGAACAAGAAUAUAGAAUUUCAUGCAGUCGAAAAAUCUUACAUGGAAAAUUGUAAUACCAUUGAGAAUGUAUCAGAUAAAAUCGAUUGGUUUGUUCUGGCUCAUUUAUGGGGAUGGUUUGCCAAAGGAAUGAUAAUUCGAAACUUUUUUCUCUUGAAUAUAAAUAGUGCCUUAUUUGAACUAGUAGAGUUAAGAUUUCAACACAUACUUCCAAAUUUUUAUGAAUGUUGGUGGGAUCACAUAUUCCUUGAUGUUUUAAGUUGUAACCUAAUUGGUAUAGCAGCCAGUAUUCUUUUUAUGAAAUAUUUUAACAUCACACUUUAUGAUUGGAAAAUUCCAGAUAAAAUAAAAUUAAAUAAAAAGAAUAUCAUACUUCCUACUGUUGAUAAGUUAUGUAGGAAAAUAUUUACAAAUAGUAGUACCCUAUUACUAUUAAUAUUUUUAUCAUUUAUUAUAAAUAUUAUAGAUUUAAAUAUAUUUUUUUUAAAAGCUGAGGUUAAAUUACAUCAUGUAAAUUUAAUAGUUUUAGUUAGAACAUUUGCCAUAGGUUUUAUAUCUGGCAAGGCGUGCAAGGAAUUUUAUUGGUUUCUUAAGGACGGAAUGACACCCAAAAGAGCCUUUUAUAUUUUUCUUGAACUUAUCAUUCUUUCAUUGGAAUUAAUUUUGGCUAUUCGAUGGAAGGACACAUUAGUUUCUGACAAGUCCGACUUAACCGCCAUAAAUAUGGUCUGGUUAUUCAUCACAUCAACAUUGUCUUCAGUACUACUACUACUAUAUGUUAAUGAGAGUUUAAUAUAA